AAACCCGACAGAAGGGACAAGAGGAUCUCUCCAUUCUCAUUGGUUGUUUGAAGACAUGGAUCUGUGGUCGGCGGUUGGCUCAAGGACAGAAAUUGGGUGCAAGUAAAGUUUGACAAACAUACUCUCGCCUGCUGUAUUUCAACCACUGUGGAAGCUUUCAUUGGAGAGGAAGAGCGAUGCAGAGGGAUAUGCUGUUUGGAGCAAAGUGCACCGAGUAAAUCAGUCAAUCUUCGGAGUAUAACUAGUUUAUGCCACCUUUUCCUGCGUUCCUCCGGAUGGAUCCCGGACCUGCCCCCCCUUCUUCAUCCAUGGCGGCGGGCCCUUCCUCGCUAUGGCGGCUGGCUGCGAGGAGGCGCAGGAAGGCUGGCUCCGCAAACAUUUUCAGUAACGUGAAUCUCUGGCAGCUCCAGAGACUGUUCAGGGCAGCGGGAGACCAGGAUGCGGAACAGAGGGCCCAGGUGGUUUGGGGUCACGGAGAUGAGGCUGAACUGGCUCAGGCUUUGAUAGGACUGAGGGCCCGAGGUCACAGGAGAGGUCUGAGGGCUAACGGCAGAGAGGCACUGGGCUCACACUGGCUACGAGCCUUCAAUCAUCUCAGAAUCGGGGAGAACUCUUCAAGCAGCCAGGGGAAGGAUGCCGAGGAGGAGAGUGAUCCUGAGGCCGGAGCACACAGCAGUCCAGAGCCAGACCGGCGUACCUCCGUAGGGACAUCAGGAAGAGGUCCAGGGGCCACAGUGGUUCUAACUGAGAGCCAGGGCCAUGCUGUGACGUCUGAGAGAGCAGUCAGAAGCAGCUCAGGAAUAAGGAGAGGAGGAGAGAACAACCCAGAGAGAUACCUCCACAGAAUACUCCACUGACUUGA